GGUCAUCACCGGCGGGUCCGUAGUCAUCGUCCGUUUGUUGCUUGAUGCGAAGAGUUUCAGUCAACGGAAGAAGAAUAGAAGAGUUUUCAUCGCCCGGAUACAAUAGCCAGGCGUCUAUGCGCACAUGCACAGAGACGUUGGAAUCCCCGGUGCUGUACGAUCAACGACUCGUCUGUGUCGAGUACUCUCUUCGUCGAUGCGGCAUCGUAUUGUUUGUGGUGCUUCUUCGUGAAAAGGUGUGUUUCGUUUAAACCUGCAAGAUGGUGCGACUGUUCUUCUCUCUGUGUGUGAUUUGAAUCAGUGAUUCGAGAGGAAUAGCCGAUAUUGCUCGGCGAUAAAAAGAAAAAGAAAAAAGAAAGUGAGAGUUUUUAUUAUCAGUGCAGUACUACGUUUGUUCACUGUGGAUUAUUGGAUAUACUAUACGCUCGGCCCAGCAAGCCGCCUGACGGAGCGCAACAUCGCCGCACACGGUUUAUAUGAAAGGCCGCGAGUUGUCCCGUUCUGGAAUAUUACCGUGUUACCCAGCGUUACAACAAAACAGCGUUAAAUGAGGAUGCAGAGACAAAGCCGGAGUAGCUCGGAGGUGGAGGUUGCGCUUAUGCGCCCCGUAAGCACCGCUGGCUAAUAGCACCACGGCCCAUCCCUGACACCCUGCAGCCACACCAGAUCAGCAGUCGGUGUGACAUGGAUGUGAGCUUCACGAACGUAUUAGAGGGGGCUCGCCAGUACUUCCAGGGACUGCCCGUACCGAGUACAGGUGGUGCGACCGCGUUAGCGGAUCAUAAUCUCGCGACAUCAACGAGUACUGCCUCGUCCACGUCGUCGUCGUUGUCGCACGACCAUGGCACUGCCUCGUCCGUGGCUCCUCCGUCACCAGCUUCCGCAACCCCGUCAGCACCACCGUCACUACCGUUACCGUCGCAAUCGGCUUCGAGCAGCAGCAACAGCAGCAGCAACGAACAAGAAACUGGUGGUCGGUAUCCCACCAGCGACGUCCGUUCGUCGUCCGUGGACAACGGCGGCGCGUCGAGUUCCAGUAAUUUCUGGAGUCCAUCGGUCGUGGAGCCCUAUGCGCCUCAACCAACCAGAGUCGAGGUCCCGGACACGAGGCCAGGUGAUGAUGUUUCCUCCAUGGAGGCCAGCUCGUCGUCCUCGAACGCGAUUACGUUAACCGAGAUGCAACCGUCGAGCAGUCGAUCGUCCGCGUCGAGCUACACCCAAAAACAGGCAUCCUCGUCGUCGACCAUCCAACAGCAUCCGCAGCCAACGACGACGAGCACAGAAUCCAAUUCGCCGCGGUUGCAUCAGAUGCAACCACCGCCGCAACCAGCCUCACCGGGUCCGGUUUAUCAGCAACUGAGCACCGUCUCGAGAACGUCCUUCUCCACCGCGGAAAUACUCGCAUCGACGCAUCAGUCGACCUAUCAGACUGCCAACGAUCGGCAAUCGCAAUCGAACCCGUCGGUUGUCGCGCAGAGAACCCAAUACUACCCCCGUUAUCAUCAUCCGGAAAUCACGAAGAGCGCGCCGGUCCCGUUCAGCCAGAAUUCGAUUUAUCAGUCCGCCAGCGUGGCAGCGGUGGCGACGUCGUCGUCGGGAAACAUCCAGUCAGCGACCAGACCGACGCCGUCGGAGCAGCCGAACGUCGUCGGCGUUUCUGGCCAAGGACACGUUCAAGAGCAAAGGGUACCGAGUUCCUACGGCGGCGGCAACGCGCCACCACCAUCGAGCGCUCCUUCGAUGUAUGGAUCGUCCACGCCUCAGAACUAUCGCCCGCUGCAGCACCACACGCAAAGCCGAUCGAGCCUGCCGAGCAAUCCGGCGGACAGGUCGGUACAUUCGGAAAGAUCGCAUUCGUCCCGCGUCUCUUCGUCUCCGUCCUGUUUAUCGGUGAACCCGUGCAGCCCCCGCCACGGCGGUAGCUUAAGUCACAUUCCGUCGUCGUCGUCGUCGGCGUCGUCGUCAGCAGCAGCGUCGUCGUCGCAGAAUCUUCCGGCGCACAUUCCUUCGUCGCAUCUGCCGUCUCCGGGCACCAUCGGGCCGUCUCAUCGUUCGCAACAACAGCAGCCGCAACAAUCAUCGCAGAUGCAACACCAGCAACAGCUUUCUAGUCGAAUAAACGCGUCCCCGCAUUCGAUCAACGCGAACACAUACAACAGCCGGAUGACCGUUCACGGGACUGCCGCGUCGUCAUCCUCCUCGUCGUCGUCCUCUAAUCAGAUGCCACCGCCCCCAGCGAUGAGCGGUUAUCAUCCUGUUGCUUCUCCCCAUGACGCUCCUCAUCACGCCACCCCGUCACCGCACAGACAAUCUCCUCACGUGUCCACCCUGCACAAUCCUCACGCCUCUCCUCAUCACGCGCCGUCCCCUCACAACAGCUUCCAGCCCCAUUCGCCGACUUAUCCGCCGCCACCGCCGGCUACCUCCACCCCUCACUCGUACAGCCUUCCAAUUACGUCGCAACACUAUCAACCGAGCACCGGUUACGCUGGAAAUCCGUACGCGUUACCGCCGCCUCCGCCGCCACAGCCACAGCCACAGUCUUCGUAUCAUUCCUUCCAAAAAAAUCCCCAACCGCCGCAGUCGCAACCGAACUAUUAUUCACAGUCGAGUCGAUCUCAGAGCCAAACGUACGUCCAGCAGAUGCCGAUGCCCGGACCACCCGCGCAGUCGAUCUGCUCCGGAACCGGGAACACCAACGGACCUGGCUAUCAUCCGAGCAAACCGGUGACAUACAACGGCGUCGAUUCCAAGAGAAGCACGAUGGAGGUUCCUUCGUACGGCUCUUAUCGAUCCCCGUUGGCCUCCGUUCAAAGAAGCAACACGCACAAUCUUCCCCCGAUCGCCGCUCUAUCGUCCUAUCAUUCCAACAGACGGGAGCCGGUUAGCAAAGCGCAGCCGAUGCACAGGCAACGCGCGUACACCGCGAGCACGCCGAACAAAGUUUCCGUCGUGACGCCGCCCACAUCCUCGAUGGCCGCGCCUCAACGUGUCCCCGAGUAUUCGACGACGGUGCCCGCGAUGAAUCACGCGAUGCCGGUGAACGGAAGGACGACCACGGUCACGAAUUCCUCGUACAACAGACACUCGAGCCAACAGCAGCAGCAGCAACAGCACAGUUACCCGAGCUACGCGACCACGAUGGCGCCCAGUCAUCAGGGCAGUAAUUCAUCGAGCACCACGGUCACAUCGAUCGGUGUAGCCGCGAGAUCUUCCGUACCAACGGCGAACACGACGAUGCACAGCUAUCAACCGACGGACACGAGUCGCACAGGAUCCUCCUAUCAUCAUCAGCCUGUUAGAGCGAACGAUGAUUACGGGUACAAGGAGUAUCCUUAUCAGAACUCAUCCUCGUCGACGGCCCAGUCCACAGUGGCUUCGACCAUUGUCACCCCUCUGCCGCAGACCAACGGUGUUCGAAAGAGAGAGUCCCCGUUGGAUCUGUCGGUGAAAACUGUGAAAACAUCGGCCGAUUCCACCGCCCAGGAUGACAUCGAGACGUCGACCGAGAAACACGUCAGCAGCUCCACGGUAAUUUCGUCCAGGAGUAACGGGUCUAGAAGUAUGCUACCACCGCCUGUCCAGACACCACCGCAACAGCCAGCCUCGUAUUCCGUCUACGACAAUCGACUGUCGAGCAACAGCAACAGGGGCGUCCCGACAACGGCGGGCAUUCGAGCGUCCACACCUCAAACGGUCUGCGCGCCGAAGGUUGAUUUCCUGCCGGAUUUUAACUCCGCGCCGCUGCGUCACCAUCACAGCCAACCGCACGAGAAUACUUUACAGCGGAGGAGCUCCGCGCAACAGCUGUACGCUCCGCCACCACAGUCUCUUUCCUCUCAGCAUCCUAAUAAUACCGCUCCACUGCCCCACAUGUCCUCGUUCAAGAAGACCUCACUGCCCACCGCGCAGGUGUACGACGCCGUGACAGCGCCAGCUCCACCGCCGCCGGUACCGUCGUCCUCUUAUCUGUCGGCCAACGACUCCGUGUCGUCCAGGUCCUCCAGAUAUCCACCGCCGAUGGUGAAUCCGGUCAGGAUCGGAUCAACCGGGAUACCACUACCGGACUAUCCGGCCGAAUCGAAAUAUUACAUGGAUAAUAGGAACAAAUUUGGUCAACCUCCGCCUCGCAGGGAUCGAACGCCCACCAAGAGACCCGGCGACGCGAUCUACGGUGCCGCGGUGCCGCACAAACAACCCAGACUGGACACGUGGAUCCAGCAGAGGCUGUCGACCGCGAAAGCGUUGUACGAGCAACAAAAAAGGCAAGAGAUGAAUCUUCCCGUUCCUUUGCCGAACGGCACCCUGGUCGCGCCUAACACCUACGAGCAGAGAUCCGACAGCGGUUACUCGUCGUCCGAGUCCUCGAGAUACCAGCAAGCCUACUGUGAUAAAAGAAGCUACGCCGCCGAGCCUAAAGUCACCCAUAGUUCACCGUCGUACAAUCAUCCCCCGGUCGCGAAACCCAACGUACACUCUCUACCGCAACAACUGAACGCCAGCCAGUCGAUUUACUCGAACUACCGGCAGCCCCAAAAGACUGGACCACCUCCCGGAGGAACAUCCAUCGGACAACCCGCCGAUCCACCGAGCAACACCGGAGCUGACAAGCGAGUUCUUAGCUUGUUGAGGAAUAGCCUGGAGAGCAAGCAGCAGAGGGAGGAACAGAUGAACAGCCAACAGCCUAUCUUGGCGAAUCAUAGUCAACAGAGUUUCCAAAAUAAGGUUGUCGCGCCAGUCGAACCGAAAACAAACAUCGGACGACACAACCUGUCACCAUUUACGGCGGCGAGUCUGCUGGAACGGAACAGCAACACGCCACCCCAUUACAAGUUCCAUGUGCCGAGAGCGGUAGACUCGAUCACUCAGGAAGCCCCCCGCAGCUUGUACGGCUCGAGAGUAAAUUCAUCCGCCACGCUACCUGGCAAGGAGGCACUCCUGGGACCUCGGGGAGCUGAGAAUCAGAUUCACCGUGACAAAGACGACGGCCUCGCCGCGAUAUUAGCUGCAAAGAUCAGAACCAAAGCGGAGCUUAAGCAGGUGGGGACCGGCCAAUUCACCACCAAGCUGAUCGCUGUACCCCCAUCUCAAGAGGCGUCGUCGACACCAAAAGAGAUAGAUAGCGCUGCGUCUACAUCCGCUCCGCAGUCGGGAUCGUCGGCGGGCAGUCCUCCGAAGUUGACGCGUGAGAAAGUAGCUUGCUUGCCACCUAGGAGGCGACUAUUCUCGAGAACCGAGGAGGAGAACAUGCCUGUGGCUGCAACCGUACCUGUGCCAGCUCCAGCGCCCGCGAUUGCGUCCACGGUGCCUGCACGCGGCAGCGGGUUCAGAAGUUCCUCCGAGACAUCGGUGUUCGACUUCAGGGAGAGCGAUUCCGAGGGUGAGAUGCCGGUACUCGAGCGGCAGACACUGGAGGAGAUGAGGAGGGACAGAAAACAGCUGUCGAAAGUGCAACCACCUGUGCCCCUUAACGACGCUAUGUGCAUGGGCAUGACUUCCUCCUCGGAUCUUGUGAAGAUAGAAUUGAAGGAGAACGACAAAAUCACGGAAGUUGACACCUUCUGGUCCAGCACCUGCGACAAAUUUAUGGAACAGCUACGUACGGGUGACGCGGUGAAGAAACGUGGUCGCAAGAAGAAGACCAGUUGCACGGUGACCUCAAAGCUGGACGACACGGGUAACGACAGCAGCAAGGAGUCGGACGCUACCACGUCGUCCCAGAUCAAACCCGAGGACAUAAAGCAAGAACUGCAAGAAGUCGAAUCUCCUUUGGACGUUAAGAACGAGCUACCAGAGGCCAGCAAAGAAGAUGAAACCUCGGUGACGAAGGACAUCAAAAUCGAGGUGAAGGAGGAGCCAGAGGUGGUCACAAAGGAGUACGAGGAUAAGAACUCGAGCGAUGAUUCCGACGAAGUGCCGCUAAUUCGAAGGGCAAAGAAGAAAAUGAAGAAGGAGGACAGCGAUUGCGAGGAAGAGAUAAUCGGUAGAAAGAGAAGGGUUGGUCGAGGAAGUAGAAUUAAGUUGCAAUCGUCCAGUGGUAGUGAGUCGUCCAGCGAAGAGAGCGACGCCAGUACAGAGUUCGGUCAUGGUUCCUCGGUGGCUGACAGGCUACGAGCCAGGAAGCGUUCGACGAAUAACGGCCCAGAAGCCGAAGGAAUGAAGUUACGGUCGAGGGACACGACGCCUCACAAGCUUAAAACAGAAAAGGAAUCAAAAUCCUCCAGUUCGAAGUCUACGUCCCAGAAGGGCAAACCAAAGCCUCUGUUCGGAGACGGCAGUGACUUCAGGCCUGGUUGGGAGGAGGAGGUCUACGUGUACAAAAAAUCCUUGAGAAUGCCACCUAGAUUAAUCACAGUGUCGAAACCGUCAAGGUUUCACAGGCUGUCCACCUCGUUACCAGAUUUGGAUCCGGGAUCUCCAGCCCUGUCUGUGUCGAUGGACAGUUCGGACGUGUGUCUCAGCAGAAAGAAGCUCGUGGACAGCGAUGUGGAAUCGAACUACAGCUUCAGUACCACGGGGCUUGGUCCUGGGAGCAAGAUCGACGACGAAGAAGCCACCUCCUCCACGACGAUCUCCUGUCCGUCAAAGGUCACGAAAUCCACCAAGUCCGAAGGCAGUUCUAUCGUUGAUGUUCUGGCGCAGAAAGUCGGCACCACCAAGAAGGAACAGAAGAAGAAACAAAAAGAGAAGAUGGAGAAGGGUGCCAACAAGGUGGCCCAGAAAGGCCACAACGAGCCGGAACUGUUACCGACACCGAGCCUAACGCCGCUGUUGGAGUCGUCCAAGUUGUCGAAAGGAAAGUCUCCGACGAAGGAUAGCAAGUCUUUGAAGCCUAUCAAGGUAACGGAUUCGUUCCUUCUCGGAUACUUCCGCAAGGAGACGGUGAACAAUUUCCGUGACACGUUCAAGAACAAUCAUGCUUUGCCAAAUGAGUUCUCCACGUUAGUGUUGAAGAGUCGAACGAGGACUGAGACACGAGUUUUGAAGAAACAGGCGACGAUCAGGGAAGUGUUCGGUGAAGAUAGGCCCGCGUCAGCGCCACCGAUGCAGAAUCACGACGAUACGUCGCAAGACGACGAUUCGCAGACGGAGGCGCCGGAGAACACGGCGAGCAAGGUGAGGACGUUGAAGCAGAAGGUGGUGUCUCGUUUGAAGAACGCUGGAAUCCUGAGGAGUCAUAAGGCGAUCAUGAACUCGAAGCGGCAUCUGUUGAUCGCGAAGAGACGAAAGGACUUGCUGAAAUCCUUGGCGGAGAAGAAGCUGCAGAGCCUGAAGACCGAGCCGGAGGACGAGACGGCGCAAGAUGAGACGAACGACGCCCAGGAGGCGGAGAACAACGAGCUGGAUGACGAGACCAACGAGUCGGAAGUUCCUAACAAAAAGAAGCUUAAGCUCCGGACGAGUCGACGGAAGUUCCGCUCCGGAUUCGACUAUAUCCGUAAAAAGAAGAAGCCUCUGAAAAAGGACGAGACGAUACCUAAAGAGAGGAAGAGGCAAGUAUUGACGAGGCACAGCCCGGAAUGUGUCGCGGACAUCCAGUCGGAAAUCAGAACGUGGGUGAUAAAGAAAGGUGUCGGUGAAACGAUGUUGCAUAGGGCUGCUAGACUCGGUUACACGGACGUCACAGCGUACUGCCUAGAAAAAUUGAACAAUGCACCGAGUCCCAAGGACAAUGCAGGGUACACGCCGCUUCAUGAAGCAUGUUCGAAGGGUCAUCUCGAGAUUGCGAAAUUAUUGCUCGCGUACGGAGCAAACGCCAGUGAAAGUGCGAACGGGGGAAUAAGGCCACUUCACGAGGCAGCAGAAAAUGGUGCUACCGAACUAGUACGAUUAUUACUUUCCUACGGCGCUGAUCCCCUAUUGGCUACCUAUUCAGGACAGACACCAUUGAUGCUGGCUGCGGAUACCGAUGCCUAUUCAAUUCUGGAACAACACUUAGAUGACAUUCAGGGUCGGGCCAGCAUGCCGUGGUCAUUUGGUGGACCAUCUUCGGUUUUCGACCCGGAAGAAUCCGGCUACAAUCCCCUCGACGAUGCUCCAAUGGACAGUCCGGAGCCCGAACUGGAUGAAAUCGAAAUGGAAGUGAGCGACGUGAACCUGCCGGCUCUAUUUACCCUGACCAACGACCCGGACAAAUGGGUGCUGCUCCAGGAUCUGAUGGCAGCUCUGAGGAUAAAGAGCAGGGAUGCUUUAUUGCGUCAAGUGAAUCCCAAAGCUCACGCUGGCCCCCCGGCGAUCGCUCAUCGCGAUGUGAUGAGAGAGUUGAAGCUUCAAGACUUCUUGGAGUCGUCCAAGUGCUGCCAUAUACUCAGCGGCGGCGAGAGGAUCAAUGUACGUGGCUCGAAGGUGACGCUGAUCAAGUACAACGACAAAGUGAGGUCCCUGUUGAACGUCGAGAAGGUGGUGAUCAGCCUCAGGUGACAGCAGGCGACACUGGGGCAAUCAUCACCCCAGUCAAGACCAUCGACUUCCGCAGCGAAGGAUGUGCCCAAGAAAGAGAAGAGUUCGAGCAGUUCGCCGAAGAGGCAAGGCAGAACGCGACAGGGUAACAAGACAACCGAUUGAACACGAGGAAUUGGACUGUACGGACGUAGAGAUACGAACGAAUUUCCGAUUCAUCGACCACAAUUCGUUCUCCUUUUCACGGUUUCGCUCGACCGGAAGGAUACCUGACCACAGCGACACGAUCCCUUGGUGCAAAAGGUACGGUCACAUUG